AUGAGGGUCUCUUCUCGCGCCGGCGCUCGUCUCACGCGCUAUCUAAAACCCACCGUUCGGCACAUCUCAUGGAUGCCCUUUGAGCAGCCAGAUCCAUCUCUCUACGCACAGCCUCCAUCGCUCCUCCCAAAACGACCCAUCUCCGCUGAAGCCGUAACCAACGCCGAGAGCAGCCCUACUCCCCAGACCAUCGUGAUAGGGAAGAUAGGGACCACCUCAACAGCACAAGCUCAAGAAGACCCUGUCUCUGGCAAGCCUGUACCAACAGCACUCCCAGCCAGUGCAAUGCGAACUGGGCCGACGCCGCUCUCGCAGGUCCAGAAGCGCACCUACUCUACCAGCGCUGCCCCAAAGGAACCCAACGAGCCCGCAAACAAGGAUGAGAACCAGGCCAAGUCCACAUCAGAUUCCAAAGAGUAA